GUGAAAAGCCAGGACCGGAGCAGGACGAAGUGAGGCUGCAGAAUGCCAGCAAGCAGAUCGUGCAGAUGGUCAUCCUGCGAGCGGUGCAGCAAGUGUCCCAGGAGAGCCAGCAAAAGGAGAGGCGAACGCACGGCAGCGUGAGUCUCCAGCUAGAAAGAGGAAAGUUAACCAAGAAGCAUGAAAAGAAGUAA